AAGCCACCAGAAGUUAGGUAUGUUCCAAAUAAAGCAUCAUCACAGAUGUCUGGAUAUUAUAGUCUUAGAAGCAAUACUAAUAAUCAUCUCCAUAACAUAAGUCAGUAUGCUGCCAGCAAAAAUUCUCUUUCUUUUGAUUGUUAUGUGGUAGCAUCAUCCAGUAUAGAUACUAGUACAUCAUCACAUAAAUCAUUUGCUGCAGAUCAAUAUACAAAACUUUCAAAUUUUCCAAAUGCAAAACUUAAUAAUAGUCAAAUUCUCUGCAGUAAUAGCCCCAUUAUUCGUAAGUGCAGUAAUAACAACUACAGUGACAUUGCUGACAAUUCCAAUAAUAGCAAUUUUCUCAGAUCAUCUUUUAAUAGUAUUAAUAAUGUUCAAAAAGAAAAAAUGAAAGAGAUGACCAAGGGAGAAAUAAAUGAACAUAAAAAACCCAAAAUUGAAACACUAUUAACAUUUUUGUCACUUCAAUCAUUUGAUGGUAAAUUUCAACCUAAAAAUAAAUUUCUUGAAUUUUUUGGAAAAAAUUCAUUGGAUGAAUUCAACUUUGAAAAUAAUUUUGAAAAUAAAGAUGAUGAGCAGCAAAAAGUAAAAUUGUGUACUAUUAUUGCAUUGAUUUAUUUGGAAGUGGUGAUGAUGAAGGAUUUUAAAGAUGAAUGUGAUAUUUGUUAUGAAAAAUCUAAAAAAGCAUUAACAACUAAAUUUAAAGAUUAUAAUGAAGAGAAUGUCAAGAAUGUUAUGGAUAGUGUUAGGAAAUGGAUGAAUGAUUGGAUCAAAGAAUAA